GGCUUUCUUGAGAAAGAUCUCCCAAAAGCGGCUGUGCUGAAGGGGAAGGCGGCCAAAACGACCGUGAACCCAAGAUCCCGGUUUCUUUCAUGGAGAGAAGGGGAGUGUCGGCAGAGUGCGCCUGAAGGAUGCAACAGGGCGCGCUCCUCCCGCAGCCACGGGGAGCAGCAGCGGCGGCAGACUCUGCCCUGCCCGGCCCUGCCCGGCCCUGCCCGGCCCUGCCCGGCCCUGCCCUGCCCCAGGGACCCCGGGCAGGCUCUGCGGGAGGAUGGCGGCGGAUCGGGGAGCGGGGCUGCGCAUCUUCCGCGAUAUAUUGAGAAGAGCAGACAAGAAUGAUGAUGGGAAACUGUCCUUUGAUGAAUUCAAAGCUUAUUUUGCUGAUGGAGUUCUGAGUGGAGAAGAACUGCAUGACCUUUUUCUCACCAUUGAUACACAAAAUACAGACAAUCUUGACACAGAAGAGCUCUGUGAUUAUUUUUCAAAGCACUUAGGAGAGUAUGAGAAUGUUCUAUGUGUCUUGCAAGACUUAAACAUAACCAUAGUGAAAGCAAUGGACAAAACAAAGAAAGACUAUCAGGAAGCUUCCAAUUUGGAGCAGUUUGUGACUCGCUUUCUCUUGAGGGAGACACUGAACCAGCUGCAAUCCCUGCAGAGCUGCCUGGAGUGUGCCAUGGAAACCACGGAGGAGCAGACCCGGCAGGAGAGAAAAGAUCCAACAAAACCAGAAGUGUUAUCAGUUCAGUGGCCAGGAAAACGCUUGUCUCGAAGGCUUCAGAGGAACAACAGCCUGUCAUCAAAUAACACUUAUUCUAGCACAGCUUGGAUUGAGGAAGACAGCCAAUGGGUGAUCCAGAUAAACAGACUCCAGGAGCUAAUUGAUAGACUGGAAAAGAAGGACCUAAAGCUUGAGCCACUUGAAGAGGAAGUUUUGGAAGAAAAUGCAAAAUCUCACAUAAUGAUUGUUCAGCAUCAAAUGUCUGUGAUAGAAGAAAAAGUGGAGGAAUUCCAUCUUGCUCUGAGGCAGUACGUGGAAUCUGCUUCUGCUCAAGGUGGCUGCUUGCAUGUUUCCAUACAGAAGCUUCCAAGUAAUUUCCACUUCAAUGUGUAUGAGUUCUGGGAAAACAGCAAUGCCUGGAAUAGCCACCUUCAAAGGAAUUACAGCAAGGCAUUCCAAAGAAGUAACGUGGAUUUCUUGGAAACCCCAGAGCUCAUCACAACAAUGCUAGUCCCUGCAUCAUGGUGGGUCUUCAAUAACAACUAGAAUUUGUGGUUCCAAGUAAUGUUAAUGUUGCACUGUUUUUCAUUACACUAACAUUCAUAUUGCAGUGUACAAGUGAAUUUAUGAUGUGAAAACAUUUGUUAUUAUGGAUGGGAUCUUUUCCGCCUUAUCCAUUCUAAAAAUCUGGAAAACUGUGCAUUUAUUACCUUUUCUUCUUGUGACUAGUUCGAUAAAAUGAUGCAUUCUAAAAACUGAAAUAAGACAACCAUAAUAAACUAUUUAUUUCUGUGGCAGUCCAAAUUGUCACAGACAAGUAUGUCUUGAAUGUAUGACUACAUAUUUGUGAAAAGUUUUAUUACUGCAUUAAUAAACAACCAUUACUU